AGACGGUGGCCAUGGAUUUGGCCAUCACAUGCUGCAAGACUUUACAUGAAGGAUAUUGAGGAACUUGCUUUUCCUGUGUAUCAGAAAGUGGAAACAACAAAAGGUUUGACUGAAGGAGACGAUUCACUGCAAGCCUCCGGAUUCAUCCUGCAGCCAACAUGUCAGAGACUCUGUUUCCGAGUUUAACCGAAGUCUUGGUGAAAGACCUGGGCCCGUCGGUGAAGAGGAACUGGAACUACAACUUCAACUGGCCUCUGCUGACCGUGGUCAAGAUUAAAACCAAGACGUUCGGUCUGUUUGAUUCAAAGAGCAGAUAUAAACCACUGAGACUUAAACUGACCGAUCUUACCAAGGAAAACCUCUCCCUGGAGUCUCACACUGUGAAACACAUGGAGGAUUACCAAAGUCUCCAGCACAAUGUGGUGGAACUGAUGUUAGAAGGAGGAUAUAAUGAGGUCGCAGGUCGAGUCGGGGUCAAAGUGGACUCUAAGGACGCAACGUGCAAGAUGACCAUUAUGAAAGAGUUUGUCAGAGACGAGGACUUGGCAGAUCUACGGUACCAGACCAUCAAACUGGAGCAGAAAUUUGUGGACAACCUGAACAUGAAGAGAGGAGAGAAACUGGCUUUUGUUGUGCAGAGAUUCUACAACAAGGAUGAGGUCCAGGUUCUGAGCAAGACGUCCUGGGGAGGGAAGUUUGGAACCAAAGCAUUUAGUGUCGUCAGCGUCUCCAUGGAGUGUCAGGUGUCUGGAAUGAAAAGCUUCAUCAUCCCACAGAAUAAAACAUUUGGUUUUGUUCUCCAAGACAUGAAGCUGCGUGGAAAUAAUCUGAGUUUUGGUUCUGUGAUGUUUGCAGUUAACUUCAUAGUUUUGGAAAUGAUGAAGAUGGAAACCAGCAAACCGACGACGUUGGCAGAGGACAUGAUUGGCGUUCUGGAGGGGAAGCUGGAUGUGUGGAAGUCGCUGAACAGCUGUGGUCACCUGCUGCCGAAGCUCACUGCGGUUCUGGAGGAAGGAUGUUCGCUGAUUCAGCUGGAGGACGCACUGGACCAGAUCCCUGGUGGAGGAUCUCCUCCUGAAGGAGCCGGAGCUUCGUUCUUGGAUCUGGUUUCAUCUGUUACCAGAGAGCAAACCGAAGCUCUUCAGCUGCUGGUCUGUGCUUUGGCUGAUCUACCAGAGAAUAUUCCAGCUGCUUUGGUCAAAUCUGGUCCGGAAACUCUGGACCGGAUCAUGAAGACGAUGGAGCAUCUUAAGACUGGUGCUGUUGAAGUUCCAGAGUCCCUGGUGCGCCCCCUGCUGGAGGAGGAGGAGCUGUGCUGGGUGGGAUCCUUCCUGAAGUCAGGAAGUUACAUGAAAGAGCCUGAAACUCCUGAGGUCGAUGAUCCUCCCGCCCAGCUGGAGGCGCUGUACAUCAGCGUGAGAGGAAUCAGAGCGAUGCUGCAGGCCGAGGAUGAGAGUUUCUGUUGUCACUGACAACAAGAAAGAUCUUUGAAUCUGCAGCAAACAUGACGAUUCUUGACAAAUUCAGAAAAAAUCAACCCAAAUGUUUGCAAAACGUUUCCUGCGUCUAUCUGAUCAUUUAUCUGUAAUUCAGAGUUUAUGCAAUAAAUGUUCCAUAAAAAUGUCUCCAGAGGAAUAAAACCAUGAUUCCAAAUUAAA